UCCCCCUGUACCGCAGAGUGGAACAUUCUACAUGUUAAUGACCCUGGUUGGACUCGUCAAGGGACAGACUGGCAGCAUGGAGGGGAAAAUGUUGGCAGCAUUCUUUGAUACCCCUGGAGGGCCAGAAAAUCUAUACAUUAAAGAAGUCCCCCGACCUGUCCCAAAAGAAGGAGAGGUCCUGGUAGAGGUCCAUGCAAGUGCCCUGAACCGAGCAGAUUUAUUACAGAGAAGAGGAAAGUACCCGCCACCUCCUGGUGCCAGUCAGAUUCUGGGUCUGGAAGCUGCAGGGACAGUGGCAGCACUUGGUCCAGGCGUCGAUGGACAUUGGAAGAUUGGAGAUCGUGUGAUGGCACUUCUCGCUGGAGGGGGUAAUGCUCAGUACAUAGCAGUGCCCACUUACCAGCUCAUACCAAUCCCCCAAGGCAUGAGUUACACUGAUGCCGCUGCCAUUCCUGAAGCCUGGCUCACUGCCUUCCAGCUCCUGCACCUUGUAGGUAAAGUUCAGAAGGGGGAGACAGUACUGAUACACGCCGGAGCUAGUGGUGUUGGCACGGCCGCCAUCCAGCUAUGCCGCUUGGCUGGAGCAGUGCCCAUAGUAACAGCGGGUUCAGCUGACAAAAUUGAAAUUGCCAAGAAGCUUGGAGCUGCAGCCGGUUUCAACUACAAAGUUGAGGAUUUUGGGAAAAAAUUUCUUGAGGCCACAAACAAUGUUGGUGCAGAUAUAAUUUUGGACUGUGUGGGUGCCACGCACUGGGAGAAGAACUUGGAAUGUCUUAACACUGAUGGCCGCUGGGUGGUCUAUGGGCUGAUGGGCUCUGGUGAGAUUAAUGGAGACUUGCUGUCAAAGUUGCUAUGGAAGAGAGGAAACCUUAUUGGCAGUCUAUUGAGAUCCCGCUCUGGUAAGUAUAAAGCAGAGCUGGUGAAGGCGUUUACAGAGCAGGCUCUGCCUUACUUUGCCCCUGGGUGUCCCAUCCACCUACGGCCGAUAGUGGACAGUGUGUACCCCCUGCAGAAGAUCGCUGAUGCCCACCAGCGCAUGGAAGAAAACAAGAACACAGGCAAAAUUGUCCUUCAAAUCCCAGUGUAACACUGGAAGAGCAAGAGAUGCCUCUGAAGUCAUGGGUCAGUUAUGUUCCUCUACACUCAUAUGCAUGGUAGAUCAUGUUAUCCUUUUUGGCUAUUUGAUGACCUGUAAGUGACAUGAACAUCAGUCAGAGGAGCUCGCUAGUCACCUCCAAUGUAGCCCAAAUAGGACCUGUCGCCUCUCCUGUAUUCUUCUAUGAAAUAAUUAUUCUGGAGCAUCUUUUCUUAGAACAAUGCAUUGUGCCACUGUUAUUCCUCCUGGAAAUGUAAGGAUGAAUUGACAACUGGGUGCUAUUGUUAUCCUUGUCAGUGAGGUGUGUCCCUACACCAUGACAUUGUCAUUAAUCAUUACUGACAGUGUCAUGCUGUAGUAACAUAGUAACAUAGUACAUAAGGC